AUAACGAAGCGGUUGGAAGAAGAUGAAACUGUUCGACGCGCACUGUCACCUUCAAGACCCGAGGAUUAUCACCAAAGCUCCUCAGAUAAUCUCCUCCGCCGUUGCUUCCGGCGUCUCUGCUUUCGCCGUCAAUGGAGUCUCCGAGAAAGAUUGGAGUUUGGUCAAAGAGAUGGGAGCUAAAUACCCUUCUGUUGUUCCUUGCUUUGGGAUCCAUCCAUGGUAUGUAGCAGAGAGGAGUCCUCAAUGGUUUGAGACAUUAAAGAGUUUCUUUGAGACCACUCCUACUGCUGCUGUUGGAGAAAUUGGUUUGGACAAAGGGUCUAAGGGAAGGGAGAUUGAUUUCUCAGAACAGGUUACCGUCUUUCGUCAACAGCUUGAACUUGCAAAGGAAUUGAAGAAACCUGCGUCAGUUCAUUGUGUUCGUGCAUUUGGGGAUCUACUCGAGAUAUUAAAAUCUGUAGGGCCUUUUCCUUCUGGGGUCAUGCUUCACUCGUAUUUGGGUUCUGCUGAGAUGGUUCCUGAAUUUGCUAAGCUCGGUGCAUAUUUCUCCUUCUCCGGUUUCCUUAUGUCCAUGAGUGAGAAAAAAGCCAAGAAGAUGUUGAAAGCAGUUCCAUCUGAUAGGAUCUUAUUGGAGACGGAUUCACCAGAUGCACUACCAAAGGCAGAGUCAGGUUGUCUCUACUUUGUAGACGGAGAUCCUUCUCUACCCGAAGAAGGAAAUUCAGCUCAGGAUCUUGAUUCUGCUUCAUAUGAUAAGCCUAAUGUGUCUAGUGACUCGAUGAAGUUAACAAAGGAAACACUUAAUCACCCGGCUAAUAUUCAUAUCGUACUCGGAUAUGUAGCGCAGUUGUUGGAUAUGAAGAAUGAAGAACUCGCGGAACUAAGUUAUCAAAAUGCUGUUCGGUUAUUCUCUUACGAAGGUUCAAAGAUACUUCUUGACAGAGGUACUGGUGAUGUCUCUGGUCACACUCAAAACCAGUCAACAACACAUGUAUCAUGAGUUCUUACUUCUUAAGAAAUCGUAGUGUUUCUCAUCACUCUAUUACGAGUCUUUGAAUUUGGACUCUCUCUUUUUUUUUUCUUUUUUUUUUUGAAUGUUUGAAUUUGGAAUUAUUGUACUAGUGUUAUAGACAAUCACACUUUUCUAUGUACAAACUACAAAGGUUCUGAUUUUGUGUGAAAAUUAAUUCAGUUAAUGAUGUGAUUAGAGUCUUUUGCGUACAGUUCCUUAUUAAGAAAUUAG